UAGAGAGGUGGAUUUUCCUCCAGACCCACACACGGCUUUUUCGUCAGAGCGGACGCUUAUCUGAGGUCACACAUCCCCUGUUUGCAGGCGGGGGCGACACUGUGCCGCUGCUAUAUAAUCUUCUGGGCUCAGUGGAUGAAACCAGUGCACUAUAACAGACAGACAAAGCAAAUAUACAGACAUGGUGAAGAUUACCUUCCAGCCUGUGUCGGCGCAGAAGCCUGAAAAGGAGAACGAUGGAGACAAGAUCAUCAUACCUCAGGCUCACGAGGAGCUGGUUCUCCCCCUCAGGUCCAAGAAGUCUUUCCUGAACGGCCUGUGCUGCCUCACCUUUGGCCUGGUGGUCUUCAUGUCUGGACUGGUGCUGGCCUCCAUUUAUGUCUAUCGCUACUACUUUAUACCUCAACAGACACCAGAAGACAGCUUGUUCCACUGUCGGGUUGUCUACGAAGACUCAGUGUACGCUCCACUAAGAGGCAGACAAGAACUUGAGGAGAACGUUGGCAUCUAUCUCAAUGACAACUAUGAACAGAUCAGCGUCCCCAUGCCACACUUUGGAGGCAGCGACCCCGCUGAUAUCAUCCAUGACUUUCACAGGGGCCUCACAGCUUAUCAUGACAUUGCAUUGGACAAGUGCUACAUCAUCGAGCUGAACACAACCAUGGUCAUGCCUCCGCGGAAUUUGUGGGAGCUGCUGGUCAAUGUCAAGAGAGGAACAUACCUUCCUCAGACCUACAUUAUCCACGAGGAGAUGAUGGUGACAGGGAGGGUUAGGAACAUGAGGCAGCUGGGACCCUUCAUCCACAGGCUCUGCUAUGGCAAAGAAACCUACCGCCUCAGACGUCGCAGCCAGCGCCGACGUAUCGAGAAGCGUGAGACGAAGAAGUGCCACAGCAUCCGUCACUUCGAGAACACCUUUGUGGUUGAGACCGUCAUCUGCGACAGGGUCUAAAAUCCAGUGUGGGAUUCUCAACCAUCCAACACUGAAGCCAAU